UAUUUGUAACCACGCGUGGCAGUGCAGGGGUCCAGUGAGAGAGAGGAGGGGGGGCUGGCUAUGCUUUAAGUUGCAUGUAUAGUUUUUAAAACAAAAAUAUCACCGCAGUUAUGUCGCGGAUACUAAACCUGAUCCACUGUCGUUUGCGGAGAGAUUUGGCCGCAUGUCGAGGGAGAGCUCUGCUGCCUUUGAGGACCAUCUGCUGCACCUCCAGAAAACAAGCAGAGGAGAGUGAUGCAUCCUCAGCCCUCAGAAAGAGGUGGAAGGACACAGCAGACACUGUGAUCAUAGGUGGGGGAUGUGUGGGGGUCAGCGUGGCUUAUCACCUGGCCAAAGGUGGUGUGAAGGAUGUGGUGCUGCUGGAGAAGUCUGAUCUGACGGCUGGGUCCACCUGGCACGCUGCUGGUUUGACAACAUAUUACCAUCCAGGCAUCAACCUCAAGAAAGUCCACUAUGACAGCAUUAAAUUAUACGAGAGCCUGGAGGCUGAAACUGGACAGGCUGUCGGCUUUCAUCAGCCCGGCAGCGUCCGUAUCGCUUCAACGGCGGCCCGAGUGGAUGAGAUGAGGUACCAGAUGACGCGCACACACUGGCAUGUGACGGAACAGUACUUCAUCGGACCGGAGAAAGUCCACGAACAUUUCCCUCUCCUCAAUAUAGAUAAGGUGUUGGCAGGUCUGUACACCCCAGGAGACGGCCACAUUGACCCUUACUCUCUGACUAUGGCUCUGGCUGCUGGUGCUCGCAUGUACGGCGCCCAGAUCUACAACCCCGCCCCGGUCACCGCCCUCAACCCGACCGCCGACGGAAAGUGGGACGUCCAGACUCCUCACGGGACAAUCCGCGCAAAUCGCAUUGUCAAUGCAACAGGUUUCUGGGCCCGGGAAGUGGGCAAGAUGAUCGGGUUCGAACACCCAACCAUCCCGGUGCACCACCAGUAUUUAGUGACGGCAACGGUACCGGAGGUGAAGGCUCUGAAGAAGGAACUGGCCGUCAUCAGGGACCUGGAGGGCUCUUACUACCUGCGUCAGGAAAGAGACGGCCUGCUGUUCGGCCCGUAUGAAAAGAUGGAGAAGAUGGUGCUGCAGGACUCUUGGGUCAGAGAUGGAGUUCCCCCAGGUUUUGGUAAGGAGCUGUUUGAGUCGGACCUCGACAGGAUCAUGGAGCAUGUGGAGAUGGCCAUGGAGAUGGUCCCUGUGCUGAAGGAGGCCGACAUCAUCAACAUAGUGUCCGGACCGAUCACCUACACCCCUGACCUGCUGCCCAUGGUCGGACCGCACCAAGGAGUUCGCAACUACUGGAACGCCAUUGGCUUCGGGUAUGGAGUCAUCCACGCUGGCGGGAUCGGUAAGUUCCUGAGCGACUGGAUCAGGAAUGGGGAGCCUCCUUACGACCUGAUUGAGUGCGACCCAAACCGAUACGGCAGAUGGUCGGACGUGAAUUUCCUGUGCGCCAAAGCUCGAGAAUCCUAUGGCUUCAACAAUGUGGUUGGCUAUCCGAAGGAGGAGCGAUUCGCUGGUCGACCAACCCAACGGAAAAGUGGCGUGUACGAGCUGCUGAAGGACAAAGCAUCCAUGGGCUUCCAUGCCGGCUGGGAACAACCGCACUGGUUCUACAAACCUGGAGAUGACACCGGAUACAAGCCCAGUUUCCGUCGCACCAACUGGUUCGAACCAGUCGGCAGAGAGUGCAAACUGGUGAUGGAGAAGGUGGGAGUGAUCGACCUGACUCCUUUUGCCAAGUUCAUCAUGAAGGGGAAGGACUCGCACAAGCUGCUGGACCGCCUGUUUGCCAACACCAUGCCCAAGGUGGGACUUACCAAUGUCAGCCACAUGUUGACACCCACCGGGAGAGUCUUUGCUGAGGUCACCAUCACCCAGCUGGCACCAGGAGAGUUCCUGCUCAUCACGGGAUCGGGAUCAGAGGGACAUGACCUCAGGUGGAUAGAAGCAGAAGCUGCAGACGGCGGGUAUGACGUGGACAUCAGCAACGUAACAGAGGAUAUCGGCGUGUUGGGCAUUGCUGGACCAAAGUCCCGCAAAGUUCUCCAGAAGCUGACAGAUGAGGAUCUGAGCGACGCCGGGUUCAAGUUUCUCCACUGCAAGUCCAUCCAGUUAGCCGGCGUUACCGUCCGGGCCAUCAGGAUCUCCUACACAGGUGAGCUCGGGUGGGAGCUGUACAUUGAGCAGAAGAACAUGGCGACUGUGUACAAGGCCAUGAUGGAAGCAGGAAAAGACGAAGGCAUCGACAAUUUCGGCACCUACGCCAUGUCCUCCCUCAGACUGGAGAAGGGCUUCAGAGGCUGGGGAGCAGAGAUGAACUCAGACACCAAUCCUCUGGAGGCUGGGUUGGACUAUUUCAUCAAAUUGAACAAGCCUGCUGACUUCAUUGGCAAAGCCGCCCUUCAGGAGAUCAAAGCCAAAGGCCUGAAAAGGAAGCUCUCCUACCUCACGCUGGAAACAGAUGAUAUCGACCCUGAAGGCAACGAAACCAUCUGGCACAACGGCAAGGUGGUCGGCAACACGACGUCAGGCGCCUACAGCUACAGCAGCCAGCAGAGCCUGGCGUUCGCCUACCUGCCUGUGGAGCUGUGCUCGGUGGGCCAGAAGGUGGAGGUGGAGCUGCUGGGGAGGAAAUACCGCGCCAUGGUCAUCCAGGAGCCAUUAGUCCUCACCGAGCCCACACGAACCCGGCUGCAGAAGAAAGCAAAGGGGAAAGCAUAAGAUCAGUUCCUCACCAGCUAAUGAAGAACCAUUUUAUUGUGAUAUAUCAAAAGAGUCUUAUAUCCAUGAACUGGACUGUUUGUGGGCAGUUUAGGGGGAAAAAAGUAAUUUCACAACUUCCUGUUUUGUCUCCUCACGAGGAAGAAGUUGAAAACCGAUUAUGAGUGUGCUACAUGAAGGGAAAUAAAAAUGUUUAAUGUUCCUGCACUACAAUGUCUUAAAGUGAGUAAUUCACUUUUUGUAAUUCUCUGAAUUGAUGUUAAUGUUUUACAAGUCAAACGUUUUUUGAAGGAUGCCUUAUUCUUGACAUUUCAACUGGAAGCUUUUUACGUUUAUUUGAAGAAUAAAUAAAAAGAUGCCGCUGCAUUUUUAAUAGUGUUAUUAGCACUUUGUGAUAAAUGUGACAAAGUUUAUAAACAACAAUAACAAAAAAACAGAAGGCUGGUCAACUUGUACAAAGAUUGUUUUAUAAUCUGUUUUUUUUCACUAGUAUGUAAUUAACUUGGUUUACAUUAAUAACUUAAUUAUUAAAUCACUACACACACUUGUAUUAGGUGUUUGUGUGUCUUAACUCCUUUUCCUUAGUGUGUAACAAUCUUCUUUCAUUCUAGAGUUUUAUAAGACUUUAUUUUAAUUUUACUGUAGUUUUUUGUUUUUAAAAUUACCUUUUUUAAAAAGUCUAUUUUUCCCAAAUCAGACUUAAUAACAUGAAUAAUGAAAACCACUUGUGCAAAGUAACAUCUAUGCAACAGCUGCCCCUUGUUGUAUACUACAGUAUAGUUUAUAGUGUUUGUAUACUGUAUGUUAUAUACAGUAUAUCCACUGUACAGUCAUAUUACAAUAUUGUGAAGUAUUUACUGUAUAAUAAAAAUCAAAGCAUAAUAUGAUAUAUAAUUUGAUAAAAUAAAUAAAAGCACAAUUGUAAUAUAGUAUUUUACAGGAAAUUGGUAAUAAAAUGCAAUUUAAAACAAAA